AAUAAACGCGCUGUUCACACUCGACAGGCUUGUGAGUUCACAAAAAAACAAACAUGAAGCUGAUCGUGAUGACGGCCUUGCUCGCAGCUACAGCUGCCAAAUUCCAGUUCUCGAUUCCCCAAAAACAGAUCAGCACCCCGCUCUACACUAAUGCGCUGCUGCCCUGCACCUUCUCUGAGGCAAAUGAUAAAAAUGACCUGAAGUUUGCAAUCGUCACUUGGGAGCACAAAGGAGAAUUGCUGGUGAAGUACGAGUCAGGAGAGCUGGUGAAACAAGCCAGCAGGGUGAAGUUGUCAAAAGAAGGGCUGAAAAAUGGAAAUGCCUCUCUGGUCCUCUUUAACGUCACUUUUAAAGAUGAAGGCAUCUAUGAAUGUAAAGUGCAUGAGGCUCCCUACAGCGAAACCGGCCAGGUGGAACUUAACAUUACAGUCGCUCCUAAAGUCUCUGUGAAGCCGCCCUUUCUUGUGGUAAAUCAGCCAAGUGUGCUGGAGUGCCAUGCAGAAGACUACUACCCUAACAUCAUCUCCAUCAAAUGGCGGAGGAACUCAACAUAUCUACCUGGCCAACAGGAUGUUAAGGGGCAUGCAAAUCAAAAUGGCACCUUUGCUGCAGUGAACCUUCACAACUACACACCAAGUGAGGAGGACAUCGGUGUAAAUUUUUCAUGUGAAGUGAAGCACGAAGCUCUAGAUGGACAGUUGGUGGAGGUGUCUCUGGAAAUCUGUAAGCCAAAAAUGACCUUUUCACAUACCACUCUGCAGAAGGGCAUAAAGGAAAAUGUCACCUGUAAGGUGGAAGGCUGUAACUUCAGCAACGUUAGUGUGAGCUGGAAGAAAAACGAAAGAACAAUAAGUACAAACAACUGCGAGGCCGUGAGAGAGUGUGUGUGCGAAGUGUCCCUCAUGGUGAAUAGCACAGAGUCGGGAGAGGCGAACUUCUCAUGUGAGGCCGUGCAGGGGACUGACUUUGUACGCACUCGAAACACCACAUUUCAGCCUGAAGAUCCACCUCAGGGGCACUUGAUACUGCUGCUGCUACCCGUUUUGGUAGUGUUUGUGAUGUAUAAAGCAUGGCCUUUACCAAGAAAACUGGAAAUCACCAGAUGGAUGACGAGAAAUACCACUGAGCCAAGCCAAAUAGAUGUAAAACACAACUUCACCAUGUCAGACAUCGAAGUUCCCUCUGAAAUCCGUGUGGGGCAAGAAGUCACCCUAAGCUGCCACAUUACUGUCGACCAACAGGAAAUUAAAGAGGUGACCUGGCAGAUCAAAAAGAAAGGAGAAGAAUGGCAAGAAAUGGAAUCUAACAAAGAAUAUGUGAAUCAGAGUGGCAUGCCCACCAUGACCAAAAAAGGUUUUGAUUCCACACAAGAUUAUGUGCCUUGUGUGUUAAGUGAGCAGAUGAUUAGCAGCGUAGCAUUUGUGCCUGAGAAGGAGGAGGAAGCAGUGAUCGUUCAAUGCCAAGUUACCCUUGCGUUGAUUCACUUGAGCAGAACCCUCCUUAAAAAGAAAUCGGUUGAAUUCAGUGUGCUGCUCAAGUGAAGUCUCCCGUAAUUUUGCACUGGGGCUUCAGGCACUUCUGAUGAUUUUCUGCUCCUCAUGAUGGUUUGUGCUUCCUCAGUUAAGCCAAUUAUGUAUUUUAAAGGGAGCUGGCCACCCUAUCACAUAAAGCAUAAACUUAUAGACAACUCGCCAGCUCACUGUUAUGAUUUGCCACUUAUGGAGAGGGAAAGCAAUGAAAAACCCUGGCCACCACAACACUUGAUAAUGAAAAAAAGUAUUUUAAUAAAUCCAGGGAAAAAAAACUAAAAUAAUAGAGAAUACAAAAGCAGAAAUGAAAUUCAAAAUGCUAAGAAACAUUAAGAUGCAAAGCCUAAAUUAAAUAUUAUUAAUUUUUUAAUUUUAUUUAUUUAAAUAAAAAUUGCAAAGCUUCCCAAAUCCAAAAACUGAAACUACAAAACAGCCGAGGUUGUGAAAGAGAGCAGCACAAAGUUCAUGCCACCGCACUGUGGAAGUGACUCCAGGUGACAUGAACGCUGUCCUGAAAAUAUUAUCUUUAUUAUAGUAUUUGCGUUCUUAAUUACUUUUAUUAUUUUUCACAAUACUGUUUUGUUUAGUUUUGGUUGUAGAUUUUUUCGUAGCAGGAUUUCAUGGUCAGCGUGAUGUUUUUUUUUUUAACAGUCGCUAUGUCGAGUGCAGGUCAUGUGACAUAAUGUUUAUGCGAUGACACCUGUUAUUGUGCAGCCAGGGUUUAAUUUCUGGCUUAAGUGUGUGUUUCUUUUUGUUUAAUAUUCUUGUUAUUUUCUAUGUUGUAGCAAUUGACUUUUAUUUAUGAUUUAUGUAAUGGAGAAUAUUUUGUUUAUUAAUUAUUUUGUGUUUAUAUGCAGUGUUAGUUUUCUUGUGCCUAGUCCUUUACAAUAUUUUCCCUAUUGUCUUUAUGCUGAGCUAAAGAAGGUGGUGUCCACCCUAUGACGCUGCAGCUAAGUGACUACCACCAUGACUUCAAAAGCUUGCAAACAGAGCAGUGCGUCACUUUGACAAUGAAGUUUGUUCCCGUCCUUUUCAGUUAUGCUUUGUUUUUUUUUUUGGAUUGUCUGGUUUUAUUCCCCUGCUCUCGUAAGGUACGAUUUCUGUUUUUUGUUUAUAGGAUUUGUUUGCUUUUAUUUUUGUUACUUUCAUUUGUUAAAGGAACUUUGUUUUGUUUUGGGGCCAGAGGCUUUUCAGUUUUCCACUCCCUGCCUUUGAUAUUUGCGACUUUUAAAGUGUUUGUUUGCCUUCCAAGUUUAGGCCUUGGCUAUCUAGGGUGACAAGUCUGACAUUUUUGAUACAGAACAGCGGUUAUUGCAGAGCUGGUUUUUCUGCUAUCUUUUGGGACUUACAUCUGUUUUGAAACUUUCUGGAGGAUCAUGACACUGCUUAUAAAAUCCUCACAGGUGGUGCAGUGGUUGUGCUGCUGCUUUGCAGUAAGGAGAUUGUGGGUUCAUUUCCCGGGUCCUCCCUG